AUGUUCACAGAAGACGGCGGGGUCCUCCAUUUCAACACCCCGAAGGUCCAGGCCGCCGUGGGCGCCAACACGUAUGUCAUCACUGGCCAGCCUGAAAACAAGCGACUGGAGGAGCUCCUUCCGGGGAUUAUCCACCAGCUCCCCGGGGCGAAUUUUGAGUUCUGGGAUGGGUUCAGUUGA